UAGCCGGUCAAGAUGGCGUCUCAGCAGCAGCAGCAGCCUGGCGGGCCGAUGUCUCAACCCGGGUUACAGCCUACUUCUUUACAACAACAACAACAGCAGCAGUUGAACCAGCAGCAGGACUUUGAUCCAGUGCAUAGAUUUAAAAUGCUUAUUCCGCAGCUGAAAGAGAGUCUGCAGAAUGUCAUGAAGAUCGCAUCCCUGAAUUUGGCCCACAACACCACGAUUGACAACGGCAUCAAAAGCAGCGACACAUCUGUUCAGCGCUUUGACAAGAGCCUGGAGGAGUUUUAUGCCCUCUGCGAUCAGCUGGAGCUGUGUUUGCGGCUGGCAUACGAGUGCCUCUCCCAGAGCAUUGACAGCGCCAAACAUUCACCCAACCUGGUCCCAACCGCCACCAAGCCGGACACGGUGCAGACGGAGUCCAUGUCUUACGCCCAAUACCUCGGCAUGAUCAAGUCUCAGAUCUCCUGUGCCAAAGACAUACACAACGCUCUGCUGGAGUGCUCCAAGAAGAUCUCAGGGAAGGGACAGCCUCAGGGAAUCAUGUAGACCUGAAUCAACUAUCCCAAGUCUUUCUACAUCUGGUGACAUUUUUGAGAAGGAUGAUGGAUUUCAUAUAUGGGCCCUUCCCAUAUUUAGAUCUUAGUAUGGUCAAGAUACUGUUUCAUUUCUCAAGAUCCUGUAUAUUUGGUUAUGAUCUUUUUUAAGCAAGUUAUGUCUCCUGUAAACUCUAUGUAAAUAUGUUCCAGAUAAAAAGUCAUGUUCCAAGAUGACCAGAAGGUGGUGGCAGAGAUGUAACUGCCAACUCAAUAUUCACAAGUCUUUUGUAGCUUAUUUGUAUUGACUAUUAAAACCUUUUUUACUGCUUCCUAUGUUGAAAAAAAAAGAGUAAAUUAAUAUUUGUUAAACUAUACAGGUCAAUUACAACACAGUUCAGUUUUCCAUUAAAUUUGUUUACCAGAAGCGGAUGGAUAAUAAGUUUAAAGACUUUAUGCUGGAAGUAGUCAA